AUGUCGAACAACCUAUUAUCCAAGAAAUAUGUUGACGGGGUCUACAUUCCUUCGGGUCUGCUUGUUGUUGGAUGCUUGAUUGUCAAGCGGGAAUGGGUUCCUUAUGCGGUGGCUCUUGCUUUGCUGCUUGGAGGCUACAAGCUCUUCAGUAACAACUAUUCAGGAGUUCGAAAAGUUCUCAAGCCUACAGAAUUCCAAGACUUUGAGCUCACGGAAAAGACCAUCAUCUCCCACAAUGUAGCAAUCUACCGAUUCGCACUCCCCUCCCAAACCGCGAUCCUCGGCCUCCCAAUAGGUCAACAUAUUUCAAUUGCAGCCACGCUCCCGCAACCCGACGGCACCUCCAAAGAGAUUGUCCGCUCCUACACCCCGAUCUCGGGCGACCAUCAGCCCGGGUACUUUGACCUACUCAUAAAAUCCUACCCCACCGGCAACAUCUCCAAGCACAUGGCCUCGCUCAUCGUUGGGCAAGCUAUAAAAGUGCGGGGUCCAAAGGGCGCUAUGGUGUAUGAGCCGAAUAUGGUCCGUCACUUCGGCAUGAUUGCGGGUGGGACUGGAAUCACGCCUAUGCUGCAAAUCAUUCGGGCUGUGAUUAGGGGCCGCAAGGCCGGUGAUACCACAGAGAUUGAUCUUAUUUUCGCAAAUGUUAACAAAGAGGAUAUCCUACUUCAGGAGGAUUUAGACCAGCUUGCGAAAGAGGACAAGGGAUUCAGGGUUCACUAUGUUUUGAACAACCCACCGGAGGGAUGGACUGGUGGUGUUGGAUUUGUUACACCUGAAAUGAUGACGAAAUGGCUUCCCAAGGCCGCAGAUGAUGUCAAGCUCCUUCUUUGCGGUCCACCACCUAUGAUCAGCGCUAUGAAGAAGGCUUCUGAAGGUCUAGGAUUCAAGAAAGCCAAGCCAGUCAGCAAGUUGGAGGACCAAGUCUUCGCAUUCUAG